UGGGUACUCUUGAUAAAUACUAGUACAUGUACGAAGUCAAGCAAUCAUUAACAAGGAGUGUCAAGUUUAAAACACCACAAAAGCUGAAUAUAAGUAUUCCCAAAGUGGAACUGUGUACGAAAUAACUAGAAUACCAACAGCAAAAUAAACGGCACAUGCACUCAUGGACGCACAUUUACGGCUGUUUGUGAACGUGGACGUUUGAAGAUGCACCCGGGCUAAGUGAGAAAAAGUAUUUGUGGUUGCUUGCAUACAUUUUCUGAUGUUGAUCACAAAACACGCUUAAGAAGAUGAGGUGGUGGACAUUAAUUGUGUUACUGGUGAUAGCAAUUUCAUUGGUCAGUGCUGGCCGUGCCCGCGGUGGCAGAUCCCGUUCCUCCAGGAGGAGUCGCUACACAGGCACCAGAAGAUCUUCGUCAUUCCGAUCUGUCUUCCGGAGUAGUCGAACACGCAGCAGGAGUCGCUUCAGGAGCUCAAGUAGAUCGACGUCAUACCGGUCUUCCUUCAGCGGUAACCGUCUUUCUAGUUCCAGCAGUAUCCGCUCCGCCCUGUUGCUAGGGACAGUCUAUGGAGCCUCGCGGUAUCGCUCCAGAGCCAGAUAUAUCGCCGAUGGCACACUCCCUGAGGUAUGCUACAACGACAUCUACGACAUGAGUGAUAAUGGUACUGUUUCGUACCAAGGCCGCUUCUUCUGUCCAAUAGACGAAAUAAUGUCCGAGGACUAUCGCUACUGCUGUGGAGAAGAGGGACAACAAAAUUGUUGUACAUUCUGGGACAAACCUGGACACAUUGUGGGAGUGGUAUUUGGGAUCAUAGCCGGAAUGGUGGCAUUGUUCAUUGUUGUUUUCUGUGUUGUUAAAUGCAUAAGGACAAAAAAGUCAACAAACUGUGAGUACGCAUCGACAGUAUCCAACGCCUCCAAAGAACAGGUGAUCUACCCACCACUGUACGCACCGCCUACCUAUGAAAUCGCCUGUGGAAUUCCCAAUGAGAAAACUCCAUUUGCAAACAUGGAUGCUGGGAACUGUAAUCCGCCAUAUCCUCCAUCGAACGUUCCAUACCCAAUGGACGACUCAUUGUGUAAAAAAGACUAAUAAACGGCGUGUGUGAAAUAACUUGAUACAUCUCAUAGAUCAGUUGUAAGCCAAAUAAUAUCUGAAUACCGGUAUCCUUGGAGAUUGAAGCAUUUCACAGUUACUGUUUGAGGAAAUAUUCAAAUGGUUCACUUGGAGAGAGAGAAAGAGAGAGAGAGAGAGAGAGAGAGA